AUGGAAGAGAGACGUCCCACCUGGUUAAUCACCGGCGCCUCGUCCGGCAUCGGCCGAUCCCUCGCUUUGGAAGCGUUGAAUGCCGGGUUCAAGGUCCUCGGCGCAACCCGCAGCAUCAGCCAGGCCGAAACCAAUUGUCCCCAAUUCGCAUCUCGAGGAGGGACCUGGGUGGAAUUAGACCCUGCGCAGCCGGAUGCCUACCACCAAGUCGUCAAAGUCUUCCAAGAGCAGAGCAUCGAUGUGCUAGUCAACAACGCAGGAUACGCUUUCAUUGGCAGCGUGGAAGACGCUAGCGAGGAGGAAUUCCGCGCCCAGAUGGAAGUCAACUUCUACGGGCCCCUGCGCACCGUUCGAGCCUGCCUGCCUGCAAUGCGCGCGCGGGGUUCCGGCCAGAUCAUCCUCAUUAGCAGCGGUGCUGGGUUCACUGCUCGUCCUGCACGGGGUGUCUACUCCGCCAGUAAAUUUGCCAUCGAGGCUGCCCAUGAGUCUCUGGCCCAGGAGGUCGGCUCCUUCGGGAUCAAGGUUCUGAUUGUCGAGCCCGGUGCAUUUCGGACGCCGUUUGCGAGUCGAAUCAUCACGCCUGCGCGGCUCAGUGAGGGAUUCAGUCAGGAUUACGAAGGGACGGUGGUGGAACAGAUGAUCACCGGUCAUCAGACCAUGAAGUCUCUUCCUGACUCUGUCAAGGGUGAUCCGGACAAGGCUGCGCGGGCUAUCAUCCAUGCUGCGGUUGGGGGCCAUGACUAUCUUCGUCUACCCCUGGGAACGGACUGUGUGGCUGCGUUGGAGCUGAAGAUUGGAGAGCUACAGCAUGAUUUGGAGGCGACGAGGGCUAUUGCUGUGAGCACGGAUGUUGAGUAA